UGGAUUGAGAAGAAAAAAAAAAAAAAAAGAAAACCACAGCCCAUAGCCAAAGGGGAUGCCAGUGAGGUGUGGCUUGCAUUUAAAUAUCCAAUAUGUCAAUGUAAGGGGAGUGUGUACGUAUAUAAGUGCGGUUUACAUCGCAGCGCGGGACACAUCCAGCGAUGGGAGUAGCGGGCAGCGCUGUGCAGGGCCGGGGCCGGCAGCGCGGGGCCGGGCGGCAGCAGCCCGCGCCCUGAGGGGCCGCUCGGCGCUCGGAGGCCGCUCCGCGGGGCCGGCCCUGGCCGCGGCCCCAUGGCCGAGGUGGGCGGCUUCCUGGGCUCUCUGGACCCCGACCUGCACGGCUUCCCCCCGGCGCUGGGCGGGCUGCCCCUCGCCGACUCUCCCGGUUUCCUCAACGAGCGCCUGGGGCAGAUCGAGGGGCGGCUGCAGCGGGGCUCCCCCACCGACUUCGCGCACCUCAAGGGCAUCCUGCGGAGACGGCAGCUCUACUGCCGCACCGGCUUCCACCUGGAGAUCUUCCCCAACGGCACGGUGCACGGCACCCGGCAGGACCACAGCCGCUUCGGGAUUCUGGAGUUCAUCAGCCUGGCGGUGGGGCUGGUUAGUAUCCGUGGGGUGGAUUCGGGACUCUACCUCGGCAUGAAUGAGAGAGGGGAGCUGUAUGGGUCGAAGAAGCUCACGAGGGAGUGUGUUUUCCGAGAGCAGUUUGAAGAGAACUGGUACAACACGUACGCCUCAACACUCUACAAGCACCCGGACUCGGAGAGGCAUUACUACGUGGCUCUGAACAAGGACGGCUCCCCCCGCGAGGGGUACAGGACUAAGAGACAUCAGAAAUUCACUCACUUUUUACCAAGGCCCGUGGACCCUGCCAAAAUACCUGCAAUGUACAGAGACCUCUUCCACUACAGGUGAUGUUUCCUGCGGCUGCCCCGUCAAUGUACAUACUUGGGCUCCCAAGCUUUUUCCCAGAGCACUCUAUUAAUAGUCAUUCCAUCAUUCCUGUAAAUGUAGAUGACAUAGGAAAGCACUUACGUUGAAUCCAGACACUGCUGUUCCUCCUUGUUUCAAGCGUAUAUCGAACCUGGGUUAUUUAUGGGGGUGGGGGUAGGGGAAGGGAGGGAACCCUACAUAUAAUCUUUCAUUUUCGUUCACUUUCUUUACUUGGUGGCUGUAAGAGAAGCCAAAUAGUCAGUGUUAUGGUUGCUUAAAAGAACAAGCAGGCAAGGAAACUUGUUAAUGAUGGGGGGUGGGAAAAAAAGGAACAACUAGAAUUGAAGAGAAGGAAGGAGAACAAAAGACCACAGAACUGCUCCAGACGCUUCUGAUGAGCUCGGGAUGGUUUCUGGCUAAGAAGCAGCCUUUCAGAUGGCACCCUGCUGCAGCGGCCCAGCGGUUUGCUACAGGGAUGAUGCUAUGUGGACUGGUCCUGGCGUUGGGGGUUUUUCCUGCUGUUGGGGUGGGAAUGGGGCGAGGAACAUUAUUCAGAUGUAAGCAUGGAUACUGUGCAUAGGGACAAAACUAUUUAUAAAAUGUAUAUGAUAUUUAUUUUAUAUAUUUAUUUAUUUCAAAAUAAUUUUAUUUUUAAUGAAAGAUGAUAUGACCGGAUUUUCAUCAGGAAGAAUAAGGUCCUACUGAAACAGGAAAAAAAAAAUAAUGAGUUUUAAGAGCUUAUUGGCAAUAAAAUUGUCUUUAUAUUGUA